GAGUACCCGCCCCUCCACCCCACGUGGUUAGAGGUUUCCAGAAUCGUUACCUCCACAGCGUCGAACAGCUUACGGCCCCCUAAACGAGUGUCGCUUUCUCCUGAUUUCCUUCGUCUAGCCGCCAUGAUAAGCGCCAGCCGAGCCGCAGCAGCCCGUCUCGUAGGCGCUGCAGCUUCCCGAGGCACGAUCUCCCGCCAUCAGGAUGGCUGGAAUGGCCUUAGCCAUGAGGCAUUUAGAUUUGUUUCUAGAAGAGGUUAUGCGUCAGAGGCAAUCAAGGGUGCAGUUGUUGGUAUUGAUUUGGGUACUACUAACUCCUGUGUAGCAGUAAUGGAGGGUAAACAAGCAAAGGUACUGGAGAAUGCUGAAGGUGCCAGAACCACCCCUUCUGUUGUUGCCUUUACAGCAGAUGGGGAACGACUUGUUGGCAUGCCAGCAAAGCGACAGGCUGUCACCAACCCUAACAAUACUUUCUACGCCACCAAGCGCCUCAUUGGCCGACGUUACGAUGACCCUGAAGUACAGAAAGACAUUAAAAAUGUUCCUUUUAAAAUUGUCCGUGCCUCCAAUGGUGAUGCCUGGGUUGAGGCUCAUGGAAAACUCUAUUCUCCAAGUCAGAUUGGAGCAUUUGUGUUGAUGAAGAUGAAAGAGACUGCAGAAAAUUACUUGGGACAUACUGCAAAAAAUGCUGUGAUCACAGUCCCUGCUUAUUUCAAUGACUCACAGAGACAGGCUACUAAGGAUGCUGGCCAGAUAUCUGGACUGAAUGUGCUUCGGGUGAUUAAUGAACCAACAGCUGCUGCUCUGGCCUAUGGUCUGGAUAAAUCUGAAGACAAAAUCAUUGCUGUAUAUGAUUUAGGUGGUGGAACUUUUGAUAUUUCUAUCCUGGAAAUUCAGAAAGGAGUAUUUGAAGUGAAAUCUACCAAUGGAGACACCUUCUUAGGUGGUGAAGACUUUGACCAAGCCUUGUUACGACACAUUGUGAAGGAGUUCAAGAGAGAGACAGGGGUUGAUUUGACCAAAGACAACAUGGCACUUCAAAGGGUGCGGGAAGCAGCUGAGAAGGCCAAAUGUGAACUCUCUUCAUCUGUGCAGACUGACAUCAACUUGCCAUAUCUUACAAUGGAUGCUUCUGGGCCCAAACAUUUGAAUAUGAAGCUGACCCGUGCUCAGUUUGAGGGAAUUGUCACUGAUCUAAUCAAGAGGACUAUUGCUCCAUGCCAGAAAGCUAUGCAGGAUGCAGAAGUCAGCAAGAGUGACAUAGGGGAAGUGAUUCUUGUUGGUGGCAUGACGAGGAUGCCCAAGGUUCAGCAGACUGUACAGGAUCUUUUUGGCCGAGCUCCAAGUAAAGCUGUCAAUCCUGAUGAAGCUGUAGCCAUUGGAGCUGCAAUUCAGGGAGGUGUGUUGGCUGGUGAUGUCACAGAUGUGCUGCUCCUGGAUGUCACUCCUCUGUCCCUGGGUAUUGAGACUCUGGGAGGUGUCUUUACCAAACUUAUUAACAGGAAUACCACUAUUCCAACCAAGAAGAGCCAGGUAUUUUCUACUGCUGCUGAUGGACAGACUCAAGUGGAGAUUAAAGUGUGUCAGGGUGAGAGAGAGAUGGCUGGAGACAACAAGCUUCUUGGACAGUUUACUUUGGUUGGCAUCCCCCCAGCUCCUCGUGGAGUACCUCAGAUUGAAGUUACAUUUGACAUUGAUGCCAAUGGGAUUGUACAUGUUUCUGCUAAAGAUAAGGGUACAGGACGUGAGCAGCAGAUUGUAAUCCAGUCUUCUGGUGGUUUAAGCAAAGAUGAUAUUGAAAAUAUGGUUAAAAAUGCAGAGAAAUAUGCUGAGGAAGACCGGCGAAAGAAGGAACGAGUUGAAGCAGUUAAUAUGGCUGAAGGAAUAAUUCAUGACACUGAAACAAAGAUGGAAGAGUUCAAGGACCAACUGCCUGCUGAUGAGUGUAACAAGCUAAAGGAAGAGAUUUCCAAAAUGAGGGAGCUCCUGGCUCGAAAAGACAGUGAAACAGGAGAAAACAUCAGACAGGCAGCCUCCUCUCUCCAACAGGCAUCACUGAAGCUCUUUGAAAUGGCAUAUAAAAAGAUGGCAUCUGAAAGAGAAGGUUCUGGAAGUUCUGGCACUGGGGAUCAAAAGGAAGAUCAAAAGGAAGAGAAACAAUAAUAGCAAUACAUUUUGGAGUCAAAAGGACAACAUAGUAUGAAGCUUGGGAGUAGCAGAACUUCCUGAGCAGAAAUGGGCAAACAAUCUUUACUGUGUUUUUGCAGUAUUCUAUAUAUAAUUUCCUUAAUAUGUAAAUGUAGUGACUAUUAGUGAAUGAUCAUUUAAUGGAUAAUUCUAAUAGCAGAGUUCACAGUGUUCUGGUCCUAGCCUGUCAUUUUUCAGUUGCAUGUAAAAGGGGAAUAGGACAAUUUAUUACUGAUCAUUAUAAAGACUUGGCAUUGGUUUAUGCUGGAGGAGCCAUAUUUUUGAAGGGUGAAAUGAUCUCACAUUUAAUGAAAGAGAUGAACCAUGAAUUUGGAAGGGAGGCUAUAUGGGAAUGAAGAUCUUUCUUGUCCCAGAAGACUGCUACAAAGAAUGAACUUAUUUACAUGGGGUCCUUCAACUAAGGCCUUGCAGACAAGCCAGCUACCUAUGCCAGAUAGACGGGGCAAAAGAAGCUAAGUCAAUAGAAAAUUAAGCUGUUUGUUAGGUAUAGCUUUUAAAACAAGGCCUUGAUGAAGUCCCUGAUAUUCUUAAGGCAUACUUUUUUAGCUACCUGUUGGCCUGUGUCUGGCACCUUGAUUGUUUUUGAUCCAUUCUGGAUUUUUUUUUUUUUUAAAUAAACAUGAAAAGACCUCAAUCUCUUCUGUUUAUGAGGGGUGAGGCAAUUAGUUUGAGGGAUUAAAUGUAUACCUCUUACAUUUCCCCAAGGAUGGGAGGAAUUUAGUAAUAAUGACUAAAAAUGCAAAUUUUAAGAUUUAGAAGGACUAGUACAAUGUGCUACUAUAGGCAAAUCUGGUUCCGAGGCCGGAAGUGGUGGUGCAUGUCUGUAGUCCUAGCACUUGGGAAGUUGAAGCAGGAAGAUGGCUGUGCAAGGCUAGCCUCGAUUACACAGAGAGACCCUGUCUCAAAAAAAAGAAAGAAAUCUGGUUAUAAGAUUUUCUAUUAACAAUGAAAACCAAGGCUGCCAUUUAUAUGCUGUUUUCAGCUACAACAAAAACAAAGCAGAACUGACUUCAGUUAAGGAAAAUUAGUAGUCCCAAAAUACAAUUCAGUGACUCAAGAACCUUGAUUCCUUGGCUUGCCCUAAAUUUUUCUUUAAAAAUUUUUAUUCUCAUUAGAACAUGUUUUUUGUAGUACAUAACUAUUUGUUAUGGAGAGUUAUUCCCUUCUCCCAGUUUUCUCAAAUAGUGUUGAUGCCUUAAGUUAGAAAGGUGACCACAUCAUUAUAUCCCAUGAAAUACUAUUUCUCAAGUCUCCCUGUAGACUUCAUAUUUCAUGGACACUUGAGAAGAUGGGCUUAGACUGAUAAAUCUUUUAAUGUCUUAUAAUGGCAUUUAGAAAUCAAUUCCUACUUUUUAAGGGCAACUAAGAACUGAGCUUAAUGCUCUAUGAAGAAAGUAGUUCACAUAUGGUAAUGACAUGCCUGGAAAAUUCACUGCUUAUUAAUGCCCAUAUGAAAAUGUCUCAGGAUUUAUGUGAAAAAUAAAACCUAGGCUCAUUUUUAGCCACAUGAACAUUUGAUGGAAAAAUUGAACAAUAAUUCUUAAUUAUGAAGGAUUGUCUUGUGUGUGUUGUGUUAGAAUAUACUUAGCAUUUCUGGUUGGAUCUUUGCAACUAAAUUCUUCUACUGUGCUCCAAGCAGUAUGCUGCUAAAAACAUCCUCCAAGAUUGCCCAGGGCACCCCAAUUGAGAAGCAGAAUAUAUUAGUCCACGUUUAUUCUCAGUAUCCAAGGAACCCCAAGCAUCCUCUGAGUAGCAUUUUGAAUUGUUUUAGAAAAAAGGGAUAAAAGCUGCAGGAAGCCCUAACUGCCCAAGGUGUGCAGUGGAUACAAGUGAAUAUCCACUAUGUCACUUACCUACUAUGAAGCUAAUAGUCAGUAGGGCAUUAUUUAGUGUGAGUUUCACUAUAAGGAAUCAGCUAACAAUUAUGGGUCUUGAGAAAUCCUACUGCCUAGAGAUGCUGAAACCUGAAAGAUGUAAACCCUGUGCUUCAGAAGAAGCAAGCACAGAAUUCCAACCUAACCUUGCUUUGUGUUUUGCUUCAGCCCUUGUCCAGUAAAAUACCCAUACCUUUUGGGCAGAGUCAA